CCGCCACAAGAAUCGGAGCAGCAGGCUGAGUCCGAGAUACCUGCACCCGCCUCCUCAUCCACUGUAUCCUAUGAUGAUUAUACCGAGAACGACCCGUACGAUCCUUACUCUUACUCUGCCGGUGGAAAUGGAGACGCUUCUGUGGACCAGCUAGCAGCCCAAAUGCAGGCGAUCGACACCAGUAUGUAUGACAUGACUGGGGAUCACCAGCAGAUGGGGUUAUCUACCGAUUACGACUCCAUGAACGCGUACUACCCCCACUCGCAGCCUACCUUCGUUCAGCAGCCAUUGAACUAUCACUUGUACACUCGGCCACUGCCCUCGUUAUUCACUCGCAACUACUUCAUACCAGACGACAUACGGGAAGAGCUGCAGCGCCGCUCGGAGAUCAUCCGUACAGCGCCUAUGCCGGGACUCAAUCUUCCGGAGGAACUGCAAGGGUACCACACCCUGGUGCCCUUGGAACCUACUGUCGGCGAACGGCGUAAAUUUGGCAACUGGUCUUCGAUCGUUUAUAGAGCUAUCAGCGAGAAGGACGGCGUUCCUUACACUCUUCGAAGGAUGGAGAGAUAUGGGCUGUCGCACGUUAACGCGUUCGCUGCUGUCGAGACAUGGAACAAGAUCCGACAUCCGAAUAUCGUGUCCGUGAGGGAAGCUUUCACUACCCGGGCCUUCAGCGAUAACUCGCUGGUUGUUGUCUACGACUACCAUGCAAAUGCCCAAACACUGUAUGAUGUGUACGUCAAACCUAAAGCGCCGUCAUUCGUCGGCGGCCGUCUGCAAGCGCAGGCGCAGCUGCUCCCGGAACGCACGCUCUGGUCGUACAUCGUACAGAUUGCCUCUGCCAUCCGCGCCGUGCACGACCGGGGUAUCGCCGUCCGCACGCUUGACGUGACGAAGGUCCUGGUCACCGACAAGAACAGAGUGCGGCUGGGCUCCUGCGGUAUCGUCGACGCGCUGACAUGGGAGGCGCCGAGCGAGAUAAUGCCAGUGUUCCAGGUGGAGGACCUCCAUAAGCUCGGCGCGCUCAUUGUCACGCUGUGCUGCCAGAACGUCGCCGCCGCGAAUACGAACAACUUGGCGAAGGCCCUCGACACGAUUGGGCGGACGUACUCGAACGACGUCAAGCAGGUGGUCAGGUGGCUGUACUCGACGCCCGGGCCGCAUAAGACUAUUGGGCAGUUCUUCCAGGAUAUGUUGGGCAGCAGGGUUAUUGCCGAGAUGGAGGAGGCGCAGAACUCCGUGGAUCGUCUUCAGGCGGAGCUGAUGAGUGAGCUGGAGAACGCGCGAUUGGUCCGGCUUCUGUCUAAACUGGGAUUUAUCAACGAGCGACCUGAGUUCGCCCGUGAACCACGAUGGUCGGAGACUGGUGACAGGUACAUCAUCAAGCUCUUUAGGGACUACGUCUUCCACCAGGUCGAUGAAAAUGGCAACCCUGUGAUAAACCUGUCACAUGUUCUGACUUGCUUGAACAAGCUAGACGCCGGUACGGAGGAGAAGAUCAUGCUUAUCUCCCGGGAUGAGCAGAGUUGUCUGGUGGUCAGCUAUAAGGACAUCAAGGGCUUCAUCGAGACAGCUUUCAGUGAUCUGGCGGCUGCUGCGACGUCGUCCUCGGGGCGCCUUUGAAGUGGCUAUUUUACUUGGAUUAAAAUAGGUAGAAUCAGAAAAAGACGUAGAAAAUCUUG